AUGCCCACCUGUCCACCCUGGUGGCCGCUGCUUCUGCUCUCGCUGUGGGAGCCGCUGCUCCGGAGCGCGGAGGCAGGCUCUGAGGGGCAGACGGCGGGAGAGCUGUACCAGCGCUGGGAGCGGUACCGCAGGGAGUGCCAGGAGAAGCUGGAGGCCUCGGAGCGCCCAGCAGGUCUCUCCUGUAACGGGUCCUUCGAUAUGUACGUCUGCUGGGACUACACUGCACCCAACGCCACUGCCCGUGCGUCCUGCCCUUGGUAUCUGCCCUGGCACGGCCACGUGGCUAAAGGCUUUGUCCUCCGCCAAUGUGGCAGUGAUGGCCAAUGGGGACCUUGGAGAGACCAUUCUCAGUGUGAAAACCCAGAGAAAAAUGGGGUUUUUCAGGACCAAAGGUUGACCUUGGAAAGACUGCAGGUUGUGUACACCGUGGGCUACUCCCUGUCCCUUGCCACACUGAUGUUCGCCUUGCUCAUCUUGAGUACCUUCAGGCGGCUGCGCUGCACUCGCAACUACAUCCACAUCAACCUGUUCACGUCUUUCAUGCUGCGGGCGGCUGCCAUCCUUACCCGGGACCGUUUGCUUCCUCCGCCUGGCCCCUACCCUGGGGAUCAGGUCCUCACCUUGUGGAACCAGGCCCUAGCUGCCUGUCGCACGGCCCAGAUCGUGACCCAGUACUGCGUGGGUGCCAACUACACGUGGCUGCUGGUGGAAGGCAUCUACCUGCACAGUCUCCUCGUGCUUGUGGGAGGCUCCGAGGAGGGCCACUUCCGCUGCUACAUGCUCCUCGGCUGGGGGGCCCCCACGCUUUUCGUCAUUCCUUGGGUGAUCGUCAGGUACCUGUUCGAGAACACGCAGUGCUGGGAGCGGAACGAUAUCAAAGCCAUUUGGUGGAUCAUACGAACCCCUAUUCUCCUAACAAUCUUGAUUAAUUUUCUCAUCUUUAUCCGCAUCCUUGGCAUCCUCGUAUCAAAGCUGAGGACGCGACAGAUGCGCUGCCCGGACUACCGACUGAGGCUGGCUCGCUCCACGCUGACGCUGGUGCCUCUGCUGGGCGUCCACGAGGUGGUGUUUGCUCCCGUGACUGAAGAACAGGCCCGGGGUGCCCUGCGCUUGGCCAAGCUCGGCUUUGAGAUCUUCCUCAGUUCUUUCCAGGGCUUCCUGGUCAGCGUCCUCUACUGCUUCAUCAACAAGGAGGUGCAGUCGGAGAUCCGCCGGGGCUGGCACCGCUGCCGCCUGCGCCACAGCCUCGGCGAGGAGCCGCGCCAGCAACGCGAGCCCGCCUUCCGGACCCUGCCCUCCGGCUCCGGCCCGGGCCAGGUCGCCGCUGGCCGCACUCUGUGCUCGAGGACCCUCCCAGGUCCUGGGGGUGAGGCCAACCACGUCUUAGAAAGUUACUGCUAG